AUGAGUAAAGAAGAGGCCUCCAAGCCGCUGUCUGCUUCGGACGCUUCGCAGGGAUUUAAUUGGUGGAUACGAACCUUGAAGUAUAAGACGGGGAUCAGUUUGACAGAUCAGGAGAAACUGGCAUAUGAGCAGGAAAACAAGGUCAAGACCGAGCUGGACCAAUGUGCGAAAUGUAACGAGUACAAGAACUUCAUGCUGCAGUACUCGCCAACAGUGACUUUCAUGAUCGACCAGAUCAACCAGGUUGGUGGCUAUGUUGAUCCCGACAAGCUCAAGUGCGAGAUUUGCACGAUCCCAAGAUAUGGAGGCUAUAACCCGGGAAUGGGUGUGCAGCUGUGUGCUAAUUACAUCGACAACAAAUGGGUGUUGAACGACACGCUCUCGCACGAGCUGGUUCACUGGUACGACAAUACGCGGUUCAAGGUCGACUGGGGCGAUAUCAGACACCAUGCGUGCUCGGAGAUCCGUGCUGCCUCAUUGAGCGGCGAGUGUGCGCUGGUUACUGAGUUUAAACGGAGACUCGGGUUCCUAAGAUACGCAAAGGGCCACCAGGAAUGCGUGAAGAGGAAGGCAUCGCUCAGUGUGAUUAACCAUCCGGCCUGCAAGGACAAGGAGCACGCCGACGAGGUUGUCGAGGAGGUGUUCAGAAGCUGUUUUAACGACACAAGACCGUUCGAGACAAUCUAUAGAUAA